CGCGCGCGCGCCAAGCUGCCACGCUAUCGGCACGUCCGUAGCUCGUAGUUGCCACAGUUGGUGUCGAGCCGCGUGCGAGGUCCCACCAUCGUUGGCCGAGGGAUCGAUCGCACCCCUUCGGAGCACGAGGCGCAGUGAUAACGCUCCGCGUCCGGGGGUUGGGGGGGAUUGUCGAGUAUCGGAGCGGAGGACGCGCGGCAAGAGAGUGUGAGGAGCCGCAGCAGGUGAUACGUGUCGUGUCCACGUGAGAGAACGCCUGUUGUGUUCGUCGCGGGACAACUACGAUUCCCGUGGAUCGAUCUCAUCAGCGAGUGACGUUCGCCGGAUGCGACAAGGGAGGCGUGUGUACGUCGAUAAAAGUUCCCCGACUGACUCGGCUAUCAGCGCGCGUCGUUGAUUUGAUUUCGGAGUAAUCAGUCUUCUCCAUUACUCGCGCACCGGAGGAUCCGCGGCACAGCGAUACGACGACGUUUGUCAACACACAGAGCGUAGCGAGGUCGCGCUCUCUCUCUUUCUCUCUCGUGAGUUUCGAGAUAUCGAAGACGGCGAUCGAUAGUAGUGCCGAAAGUCGCCGCGGUCGUCGCUGUCGUCGCGCGGGAAACGUCGCUCCGUGAGGCGAACGUCACGCUCUGUCCGCUCGAGAGUCGUGAUCGAGGACGCCGGUUGGUUCGUUGGUCGGCAAACUUAUCUUUGUGUCGUGAUAAACUUGUCAAUUACGAAGCGGCGCAUCGUCGGGGUGAUAUCACGGAAUCAGGAGCGCGCGUGCCAACAAUCGCAGCGAAAGCGCUCGAGGCGAAUCGGCGCGUCUCGGCGGUCGUGACAGGUGAUACGAUUAUCGCACAAAUGAUUGAGACCAUUUAAAUCGCUCUUGAAACCGCGAUAUCGACCGACGCACCUUUCUUCGAUCACACGUUCUUCUUUCCUCCUUCUCCCUCGAGAACAGAGUCGGAAGCUACGGCGAGCAGAACAACGCGGAACAGGAUGACAGGUCGAAGCGGACGAGCCUUCGUUGUCGCCGUGGACGAUCCGGUCGUGCGGAAACACAGGGAUCAACGCGGGGCGUGAGAUUUUCCGCUGGGAAUUCGAUAUCGGUGUCGUCAGCUGGUCCAAGACUGAUCGACUCGCGGACACACCACGACGAGUCACACCGAGCCUCGUCUCCCGGCGAUAAUAGCUCGGCGAGAGCCGCGUCCUUCUCGACGCGUCGAGCGCGGGGUCACGCGUUCGAUCGAAUUGAAAAAUAGCAGGCGACGAUCAACAAGGAGGACAAGUGAGCGCGAGGCGGACGAUAACGAGGCGAGGCGGCACGCAGAAGGAGCGUCGUCGUCAGUGGAAAGGAGGUCCCGGUCGGCGCCUUCUUCGUCUCUCCUCUGCCUCUUCUCGCGACGAACCCGGCGAACGAAACUACUAUACGAUCGCGACAGCUGCCGCGAUCGAGAUUCCGCGCGAGUUUCGGUCUUCCGUUCCUCCGCGACGGGACGACGGCGAGAAGGUGGCCCAGGACGGCAGAGUGCAGUGUCGUUUUGGGUGACUCGGGUGUACCGGCGGAGGAAUAGAGGAUUGUCCUGCGGAGGAGGCCACAGCCGAGCGGGGAAUGCGCGAGAGCGACCGGUAUGACGAGCGACGCAAAUUGAUGCUUCGAGAGCGAGAGGAAGCGCUCGGGAAAGAAGCCAGGAUGAUGAUGGCGCCGCAGAUCGUGGGUGUCCUGCUGAAGAAACCCGGACAGCAGACGCACCCACGAUUACCGCCCUUGGACCCGCAGGAGACCAAGAUUAAAGGCGAACUGUACGUGGAGGAUCUGGGCGAGAGGCGGACAGUUUCCAUCAGGAUGGGCUGGCUGUGGGUCGAGGGCACCCCAAUGAGGCUACCACUGAGGGCAUUGAACCUUCGUCAAGCACCGCCGAGCCUCUGCCAGCCGCACGCGCUCGCUCUAGGAUUUACCCUGAGCAACUCGCAGGGUCGUUCGCUCGCCACCUUCUGGGCGGACACGGAACCGAUCUACUGGUCUUGGGUCAGAGCGAUUGCGGCCGAACUAGUCCGUCAGACGCCAUUCCGCGCUCAACGAUGCUUGAACUUCCUAGAGAUAUUGACCAUUUGUCCACGAGGUCCAGUCCCCUUGCCCGAGAGCCCGACGGAAACGAGAAGACGUUCGCGCAGUGAGCUGCGUUGCUGGCCAAGCGACUCGCCGGUAGAGAAGACGGCGAUCAGCACUACGACGAUAUUGGACGACAGCAGGAGGCGCGCGAAGAGCGAGCUGCGCUUACGAUGGUCCAGCAGUAAUUCUAGCGACGAAGACCUCGGUGAAUUUCGCAGUAUACCCGCCAUAAUCAGCGCCAAAGAGCAACCGGUUGGCAGGAUAUGGGGUUGCAGCGAGAGCAGUGAGGGUAGCGACGACAGUCUGCCUUGGGGAGGCGGUGUGUGUCGGUCCAGCGUGGACUCCGUGGACUCCAGCGUUCCUCUGCUAGAACCGGAGACACGGGAACAGAGGAUCCAGAGGUACAAAGAGGCACGCAGACGCGAGAACGAAGCGAGGAGCCGGCGAGUGCUCGAGGAGGACGCGAGACGGCGGCGAGCGCGGGCGGAGGAGAACAACAACAAUCUGCCCAAGAUUCUCGGCCCCUCCGGCAGAACGAGGGCGAACAGAGCGGCUUACACCGCCAACGACAAUGACGACGUUCACCUGCGCUUGUCGAAGAAAGAGACAACCGCGACGCCGCCCGUCGACGUCCCGACAACGAUAACGCGAAACGAGAACUCGAUCGUCGACCGGCUGCCGCCAGUUAAGCCGAGCGAAUCCAGCACGGUGAGGUUCGAGGAGAACCAUCGGAACGAAGACGACAAGCGUAACAACAACAGCCCGAGAAACGGCAACAACGGCGGCACCGGGAUACUCCGAUCAGACAUCUGCGAGAGGAGAAGCCGCGCGCGAGAGAGGAGGAUCGUUCGCGACAAGGGACAGAUGCAACAGAGCCAACAGCUCGCCAACGUGAACGUGGAGACGUUGCGGGAGCGCAAAGAGCGUCUGGCACUUUUGUCCUCCAGGAUUCCCGUUCCUCGCCAGACGUCACAAUCCUGCCCGAGGUCCUUGUCGUCGGAUUACCCUGUAAUUGUCUCUCCGAAAUCACCAAGUUCCCCGUCGACCUCGACAGUGCCGCCUUGCGAAGAGGACGUCGCCAAGCUUCUAGAGCGAUGCCAAAGGGUGGACCACUAUGUGCCAGUGCGGGAGAAACUUACCCUGUUCGAGUCCCUCUCGAGGCUAGGCGGACGUCUAGCCAGGAGCACGGAGGAUCUCGGUCGAACGUCUUCCAAGCCCAGUCCCAGAGGCAAGCAGCGUGCCAGGUCUCUUCAUGAUCUCAACCGCGGUGCCAGAGCCGUGCCCGUGAGAGAGAUGUGCCGGUUCUUCGAGGGUGACGUGGAGCAGGAGGCAUGCCAGAAGGCCGUGACUCUUGCGAAACCGCGAUUCAUCGAUUCACCCUCGAAGAACACGUGGAAGGAACCGAGCGCGAAGCACGAAGCACCCUGCAUCAGCGCCUCUACCAGGAGGAAGCACUAUCUGAAGUGAUCGCCAAUAUCGAUCUAUCUCGACUGUUCUUCCAAAGCGUAUAUAUACGCGCAUUCGGGAAAAGAAAAACCCCCGUUCGAGUCGCGAGAGACUUCGGCAAGCGCAAUGAUGGCUCAUUACCGAGUUAUCAAUCUUAUAUGUCCUUCAUCGUGUAAACUCCCGCAAAACGACCAAAUCUUUUGCAACCCAGUGUAGCCGAUGAUAUUUUCCAAACGACCACGUUACACAGUGAAAAAUAAAAUGCCCAUUUUAUGUCUCGCAAAGUUCUCUUUCAAUUUAAGUGGUAAAUAACUCCAUUAGUCACGCGUUGCUUGUUGGUAAACUAAGAACGUAUUGAAAUUCAUACAUACUCUUUUUACAUUCAUAUGUGUCGUUCUGACUUUAAGCACGACUGAAGUAAUAUUUUAUGUAUGUUAACUCUGUAUGUGUUCUGUAUGAUUUUGAAGAAUCGUGAUAAAAUAUAUUAAUUUGUGUAUAUGUUUGUCCACAUAUUUCACGAAGAAAAAUGUUCUUCAACAUUUCUCUUUCUUAUAAGUUAUUUAUUAUUUACAAGUUAUAUCAUAUUUAUUUUUCUUUCGUAUAUCUCUUUAUUAUUUUUCAUGUUAUCUUUAUAUCGUAUUUAGAGACAAAACGACGAAUAUAAAUGUAAAAAGAUCAUGUGUGUGCGUCAAUUAAACCGCGUCUUUAGUUUAUCUUUUAGUUUAUCGAUAAGUAAUAACAAUGAGUUAUUUUUACUUAAAGUUUAGAGUGGACUUUUUGGGACAUAAACCUGACCUGACGUUUUCCUCACUGUGAACGAUGGUAGUUUCCUCUCGUAUACCUUUUCCAGAAGGAAAAAUAAAGUUCCAAAAAGUCUCUUCUAUCGCAAACGACUGAAAAAUUCCUUCGAAGAUUUCGACACGUGGCUGACGGUUGAUUGGUGAAUAAAAGAUACGUUAGAAAAUUAUUGAUAAAACGAGCGUCGCCGGUAGGUGGAUUCCUCCGCGAGUUCCCUCGGUCACGAUGGCGAUUUUUCUCAACCACGUUCGCGAAAUUCCCUCUUCACGAGAGAAGCCAACGCGAUCGGGCCGCGCUAUUGCCGGGCGUUCAGAUUAGAAUCGACUCUGCCGAUUGUGUCGCGAACGAUCGUCACACUUGCGCCGAGAGAAAGCCGCCGCGCACCGGCUUUUUUACACGCUCGAGGCUCCGAACUGUACUCAAUUCUCUCGAUUGCUGGUUGUCCCGAUCGGCCAUCAAAGCGUAAAGAAAAAACAGGUAUCGAUGCUCGUUCGCGUUCGCGCCUUGCGAAAGUGAGAACGGAGGGAACCGGCGAAUCUGAUCGCCAUAGAAAUUUCCCACAUUCGAUCCAAGUUUCACCUCUAUUCGUUACGCGAAUGUCGUUUCGGGUCGUAGACAAUCGCGUCUGCUCGUAUUUCAAAAUGCAAAGUAACGGCGUAACGCCUAUCGCACGAUUGUGCGUAUCGGCGAGAUCGAGCGUGGCCGAUCGUGACAUGAAGGGAACGAGGAAAAGAGAGGAAGCGAGCGAGCGAGAGAGAGAGAGAGAGAGAAAAAGAAAGAGAGACAGAAAGGGAGAGGGGAGGGAAACCCAGAGUGAAAGAGCGGGCCGGAGAGAGAGGGGGAAUCGGAGAAACCGGUAAUUUACGUUCACCGAGCGAUUGCUGUAAUGCUGAACACCUGUAUGUAUACAAACUGUACGUGAGCCGGUCGUCGCGCUCAGUUUUUGAUUAGCCUGAAUUCGCUCGUCUGGAUUUUAAUCGGACGAUAGCUCGAUCAUUAGUUGUCCAAAGAGACGUGGUAAUGAACGAUAAAUGUCGUGUAUGCGUACGCGCGGCGUGUUCCCGAUAAUUUUAAUAAGUGAAAUUUGCACAUAAUCGAUCAAUAUUCCGUUUUGUGGUUCAGAUGGUAGUUUCCUCUCGUAUACCUUUUCUAGAAGGAAAAAUAAAGUUCCAAAAAAUCUCUUCUAUCGCAAACGACUGAAAAAUUCCUUCGAAGAUUUCGACACGUGGCUGAUGGUUGAUUGGUGAAUAAAAGAUACGUUAGCAAAUUAUUGAUAAAACGAGCGUCGCCGGUAGGUUUUGCCACCUGAAAUCAUUGAUUCUACCGGUCUUUUCCUUUCCUCUUUCUUAGGCGAGACGAUAGUUUAAUCUUUAUUACGUGCCUCUCUCAUCACGGCUGUAAAUAAUUGUCUAAUUCGCGACUGAUAUGGUUUAUAAGUAUUCGUGUAUAUGAUGUACAGUAUUCUUGUUGAACGUUGACCCUAAUACUCUCUCUUGCCGUUGGGUUGUCUAUCAUCCUUCGUGCUGAACCUCUCGAAUUUCCGUCUCGAAGGCCAGCACGUGGACUAGCGAGUCUGCUUCCGGUUAUUUCGAAUCGGAACGACAAUAUCCGCUCAUAUAUUCUCCCUCGCUGUCUCUCGCUCUUCUCCGUAAUUAAUAACAAACAGCGUGUCGAAAUUGUGAUGCAUCCUGAUUCUACGUAUGCACGUUCGCAUUAAGGCGAGAUAAAUGUACGUCGAAUUUGCUUUCUUUUACGACACACAUGUAUGUUUACGAGACACAUAUCGAUACGGAGGAAAAUAUAGCGAAAAAAAUUGUUCAACGUCUCAUCGUGCAGGAGGGACUUUUAGAGAAAGAGUGUUAUUCGUGUCGAAUUUUCGAUAUCGUGUAAGUGAAUAUCGCGACCCUUGCUUGUUGAAUUAUCAUGAUGCGUUUUGCAAAUUGCGUUAUUGCCAUUGUCAGGCUUGCCCGCAUACAGCUCGCGCGUAACGUUGACGCGCAGCCGGGACUCGGAAAAUUAAUUUUGUACAGUUAAUUGAAUCCUCGUCGAAACAGGAGAGAAAUACGUUUUUUCUCUCACGCUCGAGGAGGAUCGCCGCUUAUUUUUAUAUUUCGUUUGUUGUAAAGUGUAUGAUCUGCGUUUUUCUUGCGUCAUAUGUAUAGUUUUGUGAACGAGAUACGAUUAUGUUGUAGAAAAAUGUGUGGAGAUAUGUAAUUAUUUCGAGGCAAUGCGAUCGGGGACCAACGCGAUAACGUUAAUUACGUCACUUGCAUUCAGGCCGCUCUCGUGGGAGGCAUUCUGAAUGAAGAGUUUCCAUAUUGUCAAAUCGCUUCUCACUUGAAUGACAGACAAGAUUGAAUAUCAAGACAUCAUUGAAUAUCAACUUCAAUGUUCAUUAUUGCUACUCGGUCAAUUUCUCAUGGCGCAAAUUGUUAAUGUUAUUGUUUCUCACACGUCUGAAAGAACUCGCGCCGCCGAUCAGGACCCGAUCGCGAGAACUCGACUGCAGUCGACGGCCGUCUACAGGGUGAUUCGAACGGAACCGUCGUCGUGUAUCUGACAGGUGGAUUCGCGCGGAACGGUGUCAGUUGUCGAUGCCACCCCCGUACGAAGGGUCGGUCGCCAAAGAGGUCUUCUAGUCCCUCGUCGGAUAAUUCCGAAAAGGUCAUCCCCCGCGUAAUGUGUAAUUAUCCCUUGAUAUGCUCCGAUUUUUCACUACCCCCAUGAAUAAUUGUCAAAUGCGGCGAAACGCGCGCCGUGGCGUAGUUUCGCGGCGAAAGUCUUCGCGCGUCUUUGUAUUUACCUUUGUUGUAAUAAAAAGGGACGAAUAAUGGCCGUUACAUAAAAGC